UGCUGCGCCUGGGGGGCUCGGCCGAGGCUCUGGGGGGGGCCCAGCGCUCGCUGCACCUCCCCGACCCCGUGCUGAGGUUCUGCCUCACCCUGUCCCACCUGAACCGCGCCCUCUUCCUCGCCUGCGACAACGUCCUGUGGGCCGGGAAGAGCGGGAUCCUGCCCAACCUCGACAGCCACAAGUGGAGCCAGAGGGCCUUCAGGUAUUACCUGUUUGCCCUGGUGGUGAACCUGAGCCGGGACGCCUACGAGAUCCGGGUGCUGCUGGAGCGCGCGGAGGCGGCCGGGAAGCGCGGGAAGAGCCCGGAAAACCGGCCCCAGCUCCGGGCUGACGGCGGGAUCCAACGGCUCCGGCUCCAGCUGCAGCUCCAGCUCCGGCUCCUGCUCCAGGUGCUCCGGGACAACCCCCCGCUGCUGCUGGACCUGCUCCGGAAUGCCUGCGACCUGGUGAUCCCGCUGGAAAAGCUGGGGCUGUGCCGGAGCAGCCCGGGAUUUGUGGGAUUGUGCGGCCUCACCUCCUCCGUGCUCUCCAUCCUCACCAUCCUCCAUCCCUGGCUCAAGCUGAAGCCGUAGUUAUCCCGGGAGCUUCCUCGGGAUAGCUGGGAAUCUUGGGGGUUGAUCCCAGCGGCUGGGACGCCUCUGGAGCCGACUGGCUCAUCCCAUUCCCAUUGUUCCUGACUCCUUGGAGCCACGAGGUGGAGGGAACCCGGCGUUGGAUCCCGCAGGGAUCUCAGCUCCCAAAAUUUGUUUCAUCCCGUUGACUUUUCCAGCCGUUUUUCCAGCCAGGGAAUGGCAGGAGGAGGUGGAGGAAACCCAUCAAAUCCCACAGGGGCCUCGUCUCCUGAAAUUUGGUUCUUCCUGGCAACUGUUCCAGCCGUUUCAGAGGUUCAACAUCCCCCCUUUUCCAAGGGGGAAUAUUUGGGGCUGGAAAACGUGGAUCGCUGGGGGCUCUUCUCACGGAUUUUGAGGGGGUGAAGCCGCGGGAUUGGGACGAUCCUGGAGCCAGCUGGUUCAUCCAACCCCUAUCUGGACAUUUUUCCUGCUUUUUAAGAAAUCCCAGGGCAGGGAAAAGGGAGAGGGAAGGAUUUUGGGUGCACAUGGGCAUCUGGCAUAAAUCCAUGGAUUUUGGGGGGGUGAAAUCCAGGCUGGAAUUUGCUCUCCUGCACCUUCCCUGCAAUCCCAGAGGGAAGAAGGGACCGGAGCGGGUUGUGCCGAGCUGAGGGGGGGCCAUUCCCAGCAUUCCCACAUUCCCAACAGAGAGGGGACUCGGCAUCCUGGGUGCUUCCCGGUGCUUCCCAACCACUGGGAAGCAGCUGAAUCCUGUGGAUCCCUCUCCCUCCCUCUGCCUGGACCCACCUUGGCUGCCCUGCCCUUCCCAGAUAUCCCGCUCCGGGUAUUUGGGAUAACGGGGGCGGGGCUGGGAUUCCCUGCUCCCAGCAAUCCCAGCGCUGCUGCCUCACGGGAUUCUCCCGUUUUCCCUGGAAUUUGUGAGGCCGGAUCACGCUCCUGUGGCCCUGACCCAGCUGUGAUGUCCUGUUACUAAACCACACCGGGAGCUGGGAAUUAUUUAAUUCCAGAGGCGGGAUGUCCUUGGAUCCAUCCCUGGGAGAGCAGGAACAUCCUUUGGAAGGGUUUUUUGGGAGCUCCAUGCCCAAACUCUGCCCGCUCCUGGGCUUUUUUCCUGGGGAAAACCAGGGAUUGAAGGUCUCGGAGCCGUGUUUAUCCCAGGGGGAGUUGGGAUGGGCGGGAUUCACUCCAGCGGAUCCUGCGGUGUCGGUGUAAUUAAUGAACUAAUUAAAUUAUUAAAGCCCAGCA